AGAGCGUUCUCAGGUGGUCCAAUGAUCGACUUGUUAAGCGGGAGGUCUGUCGGUUUUCGGAGGCGGUCCGCGUUCUAGACAUCCGCGAACUCCAAGCCUCCAAAUCUUUUAAGAGCAGAAAAUGGGGCGCUCGUUCACGUUUGCUGCAAUUAUUACCGGCACCGAGACCACAUCACACGGCACAAACAUGGUGAGACCAAUGAGUGGCGCGCAGCUCGUACCUCGUUUUUAGUUGUGCAAAUAACAGCGAGAAAAUUUUGUUCGGAGCACACGGGACGACUGCGGGUGCAAAUGUGGGAACAUCGCUGCCUGGCAAAAAGCGGAAAAUCGGGGGAAGAAAACCCAGCUAGGUGGCAGAAAGAGGGACGUUUACAUAGGGAGGAAACCAACGACGAAGGCGGUGGAGGAGCUGCUCGGUAAGGUUACACACGUGCAUCCCACGUUCCAAAAACAGACCUGCAAGCAGGAUCACCUUACCAAUUACGGCACUGAUGUGUUUCCGAGCGAAACGCUGCGGUCCGCUACACGCGUCAACAACCCUCAUUUCAUACUCAACAAUUUUCGCUUCUGGGUGCGUCCGUCGCCAUUCUUUGUGCCAUCCUCCGUAACUGCGAUUGCUUCCACGCUGCUUGGGCCAGUCUCUCAGAUUACUUCAGCAACACCUUGCAAAAUGUAUAAAGCAGACCCUCCUCCCUCUGUGAAGGCUCGACUGCCCCAUCCGUGCUCUGGUCCCCAUAUCUACCCGAAUCCCCUCUGCAUUUUUGUAGAAUUGUGGCGCGUCAAAGCGGUCCCUGUAACCUGACUUACCCCUCUACCUUCAUCAACUGUACCACCAACACUAUGCUGUUACGCGUGAUCUCAUUCCUUGUCGCGUUCUUCGCGUUCUCUCUACUCGUCUUAGCGUCCCCGCUCUCGGAGAACGGAAUUGUCGUUGAGAACCUCGAGAAGCGCAUUACCCACACCGGCAGGGGCACUUGGUAUUACCCUGGCCUUGGUAACUGCGGGUUCACUGAUUCUGCAAGCGACGACGUUGUCGCUAUUGCAAAGACCCGGUAUGAUGCUGCUGAUGGAGGUAACUGUAAUCAGUGGAUCGCCAUCACGAACUCUGCAAAUGGCAAGACCGCGUACGCAUUGACGCGUGACAGCUGCCCAGGCUGUGGAGAGAAUGACCUUGACUUGUCUCCCGCUGUGUUUUCACAAAUUGCAGACCUUGACACCGGCGUUAUCUCAAUUUCUUGGAACUUCAUGUCAAAGAGCUGGUCACCCUAGACGACUAGUUCUUUCGGGUUCCAUCCAUGCUUACUCCUUGGGUCUUUUGUUGCUUUACUUUUUUUUCUGGGUCUCGAGCGCUUUCGAAUCGUUUGAACUGGCCGCACGAUACCACCUUCACCCAACAUGCCCUCCCCCCAGGAUCGCUAGUCGACUUCCAAUAAACAACCAUAGACGCGGGGGCCACGUCGACAUUGUUGUAACCAAAGAAGAAACCAAACAUAAAUAAUACCCCUUGUAUUCGUACUUCACAUAGUCCAACCUAUUGUUUUCUUAUUCCCCCGGCUUCCACUCAAAAUGCAGGCUUGUGGGUUAUCUCCAUCGUCAGUGACGACUGCAUUAUUUGCAUUAUGCUUAAUUACGUUUUUCGAUUUUGCUUUUGUACUGCUGCUGUGCUGCUGCUUUAUGCUGUUACCUAGAAUGAAGC